GACUAUCGAGGUCGUGCAUUUAAAACUACCAAAUCCAAACGUAAAUACACUCACACACGCUCGCACAUAGAGACAGAGGGAGAGAAGGAGACCCACCAUUGGCAUCUUCGUGGAGAAGAGCCAAAAGCAGAACCAGGAGUUAUCAGUGAGUGGGAAUGAUGAUGAAGAAUCAAUCAUCAAAUUGGUGGUGGCUUGACAGCCACAGCAGCACAAGGCGUUCACAAUGGCUUCAAUCCACUCUUGCUGAGCUGGAUGAGAAGACCAAGGCCAUGCUAAAAUUGGUUGAAGAAGAUGCAGAUUCCUUUGCUCAACGCGCAGAGAUGUAUUACAAGAAGCGACCGGAGCUAAUCAGCAUGGUUGAAGAAUUUUAUCGGGCUCAUCGUUCAUUAGCCGAGCGAUAUGAUCAACUGAAGUCGGACUCUGGCACUCGCCUCAUGACAACCUUGGGGUCCCCAUUUUCUUCAACUGAAACUCGACCGGAAAAGUUAAAGAGCAUGAUGGAUCAAACGGACGACAACUACUCGGAGACAUCUGACCCUGAAGAGUCUGUUGAGUCUGAAGUUGAUGAUCCUGAACAGGAAGAUGAAACUCAAGAUGAUCAAGUAAUGAAAGGAGAGGAAAUUCCAAGUAGGGCCAGCAACGAUGAAGUGAGGAAACUGACGGAAGAAAUAGAGAGGCUUAAAGAAGAGAACAGAAUUCAGAAAGAUGAACUAGUGAAGAAAGAUGAAGAGAAGAGAGAGGUGAUAAGACAGCUGAGUUUAGCUGUGGAUGUGCUUAAGGAUGAAAACGUGAGGCUGAGGAAAUGUCUUGCUAGAGACUCCUCUGACCCCAAGAAACGGAUUCUUUUUGAUUUCAACAAAUUUAAGGAGGCAUUUCUAGGGAACUUGUUUAGUGGAUCCUCGAAGCCAAGUGUUGUUGCUUUGUAGAGGUGUUUAUAUGUUAGUAAAGUAGUGUAGUUUGUAACACAUUCUACAGAGAUGUCUAUAUUAAGGAGAAUACCCUUCGAGCCCAACUUUGAAAGUUAA